CCCUGAACGCGCCUUUCCUUUCCUGGAGCACACUCCAACCUCAUCUCGUGGUCCUGAUCCUUCACAAACUUCACAAUUCACUUCAAACCGUGAAGACCUUUGAGACAUACAUUUCUGUAGCCCUUCGAAUACUAGUAGAUCCAAUGGCUUCUCUCUGGCUCCUAGCUCUGCUCAUUACUGUCCCUCUAGCCCUGUUCAUAGCUUGGUUGAUUGUGUCCUCAUGUCUCGGAGAUAAUUUCAGACUCACCUUUUCCAAUGUUUCGAUCAAUCCGCGUCAAGCAUUGUUCGACCGAAAUUAUCUGAGAACGGUUACUUCAAGCGGUCACGGCACGUGGAAUCAAAUUGAGAUGGAAGAUAUGCUUGGAGACAGCCCUCGAACUUCCAUUGAAUCUGAGGAUCGUCGAGCAUCCCAUCCGCUCUGAGAUGGGACCAAUUUCGAGUCUUCCUAAGAUGAGAACCACGAUUAUAUGCAGCCCCUUUGCAUCUGACGUACGCCAACGCUAUGCACCCAAACCCAG